AGCGUCGAGUUCGUCAAAGCACAAGUACCAGUGUUUCAGAUGACACAACGUCCCAAACAGACAUUUCAACUCUCUCUCCACACCGGGAGCCCUGCUCAAGCGAGAGCGACUGACGCGCGGUCCAAAGCCGUGUUCUUGCCCGACAUUCUUAUAUACGUGUUUCAGCAAUGCGACAAACGCACCCUGACAUCCUGCGCAAGGGUCUGCAAGACGUGGAACACGUAUUCUGUUCGCCUUCUUUGGAAAAAUAUUAAUGCGCAGCUGGCAAUAUUUAAGCCGCUAUGGCCAAACCGUUGGCCUCAAAAAACCUCUCGAAAAUUUCCCCCUAUUGAGAGGCAUCCUUCGUUGCAUCGAAUGGACGCAGCAACUUCGCAUAGUUUUUGCGGAUCCUUGCGAUCCGGCGGAUUGGGCCGUGCGAUACAACACGGUGGCAGAAUUCAUCCUGAUCUUUCGCAAAUCACACUUUCCACGCCUUACCGAAUUGAUUUGUGACUGCCACACGGGUUCAUCCGCCCUGCGGGCUCUCCCUUGCUGGCUUUCACCAGAACUACUCAAACUCGAGCUGCGGGUGGACGGAACGGAUGCUUUCACCUCCCUGAUCCUUCGAACAUUGCAUGAGUACACCCCUCGUUUGACUUCCUUGAGUGUUUGCUUCGGUGAUGACGAGUCCAUCAGCCACGCUUCCCACGAUCUGUCUUCCACUUUAAAUGCCCUCACUCAGUUGCAAGUCUUUAAAGCUCAAUCGUCCCUAGUUCUUGAGCCUGGCGUGUGGAAAGAGCUGGCUUCAUUGCCGAAUCUCAGAUCGGUGGACAUCCUCAGCGACUUCGAGUGCCUGGGUCAUCGCACACCGAAGAAGUUCUUCCGUUACUGGCAUGCGGAUCCUGCACCCCCGACCGUGGAUGUGGAUGAUCCAUUCCCGACUCUGGAAAGUAUAGACGGGGACAUCUCAGCUGACUUGGUACCCAAGAUCUUUGGAAUGCGAGGAAUCUGCAAACUGCGCCAUCUAAAACUAGUGAUACAGGAUGCCCCUUCCGAGCUAACGAUUCAAACGAUCUUUCAAACGAUACCGGCUUAUUACAACCAACUUGAGACAUUUUCGGUUAAGCUGAAAGCUUGGGAAGCCCCUCGCCAUGAUUUGACUACUUUUGUAUUCGAGCGCCUCAAGACAUUCUCACUCUGGACCACAAAGCCCUUCGUCAUCGCGCCCGAUGCAUUCCUCGAGUUCACUCAGCGUCAUCCUGGUCUUCUUUCCUUGACACUGACCAGGAGUGACCAGGACACGAAAGCUGGGUUUCCCCCCGACAUUGUACCCCGCAUCCUCGAAGCUUGUCCGUCCCUCGGAUGGUUGCACAUAAAUUUGCAGGGUUCGUGUUUCUCGAUGCACCUCAGUCAUGAGGACAUACAAAAGUUACGUGCUGAACAAGGCUUGCAACUCGAUGUCAAGCAAGCGUAGUUGGUGGUAAUGGAGUGGGGCAUUCAGGAGAGACUGAUGACGUCGUCUGCGUGCAGCAAUCAUACCUGGAAUCUCCUUCAUUCGCCCCUACUUCAAUGCCCCGUAGCCCCCCCAACUUUCCAUGUUCUUUUCUCCUCGUCGACAUCGACCGUCCAAAGAACGAUGGCUUUAGUAACAUGGUUAUUUUUAUUUCUCUACUCUCCUUUCAAAUAUAUUAAAUCACUGGAUGAUGUGGACCUUUCUUCCCUGCGAUUUCAUUCCUGGCUUUCGAAAGUAUAGAUGGAGCCAUCCCCACAUACU